CCAGGUGUUUACGCUUACGGUUUCGAGCGUCCCUCCGCUAUCCAGCAGCGUGCUAUCAUGCCCAUCAUCAAGGGCCACGAUGUCAUUGCCCAGGCCCAGUCUGGUACCGGAAAGACUGCUACUUUCUCCAUCUCCGCUCUCCAGAAGAUCGACCACAACCUCAAGGCCUGCCAGGCCCUGAUCGUCGCUCCCACCCGUGAGUUGGCUCAGCAGAUCCAGAAGGUCGUUGUCGCCAUCGGUGACUUCAUGAACAUUGAGUGCCACGCCUGCAUUGGUGGUACCAACGUCCGCGACGACAUGACCGCUCUCCGCAACGGCCCUCAGGUCGUUGUCGGUACCCCCGGUCGUAUUCACGACAUGAUCGAGCGCCGUGUCCUGAAGACCGACCAGAUGAAGCUGUUCAUCCUCGACGAGGCCGAUGAGAUGCUUUCUCGUGGUUUCACCGAGCAAAUCUAUGACAUCUUCCAGCUCCUUCCCCAGUCCACCCAGGUCACCCUGCUGUCCGCUACCAUGCCCCAGGAUGUCCUCGAGGUCACCACCAAGUUCAUGCGUGACCCCAUCCGUAUCCUGGUCAAGAAGCAGGAGCUUACCCUCGAGGGUAUCAAGCAGUUCUACAUUGCUGUUGAGAAGGAGGAGUGGAAGCUCGACACCCUCUCCGAUCUCUACGAGACCGUCACCAUCACCCAGGCCGUCAUCUUCUGCAACACCCGCCGCAAGGUCGACUGGCUCACUGACAAGCUCACUGCCCGUGACUUCACCGUCUCUGCCAUGCACGGUGACAUGGAGCAGGGCCAGCGUGAUGUCAUCAUGAAGGAGUUCCGUUCCGGAUCUUCCCGUGUUCUGAUCGCCACUGACCUUCUGGCCCGUGGUAUCGAUGUCCAGCAGGUCUCCCUGGUCAUCAACUACGAUCUCCCCGCCAACCGUGAGAACUACAUCCACCGUAUCGGUCGUGGUGGUCGUUUCGGUCGUAAGGGUGUUGCCAUCAACUUCGUCACUGCUGACGAUGUCCGCAUGAUGCGCGAGAUUGAGCAGUUCUACAGCACCCAGAUUGAGGAGAUGCCCAUGAACGUUGCUGGUAAGCUAUCGCUCGAUCCCGUCCGAAAGUUUUCACCUGAUACUAAUUGUUCUUCCAGACCUCAUCUAAACACCCUAAUACCAUCCUCUUACGUCCCUCGAUGCGGAUUACGAAUGCAGUUGCCAAUAACGCUCCAAGGGUGAGCUGCGGUGGGAAAAACGUUUUGACAUCGUUGCGCUUCUCUUGGUAAAGGAGAAUCCUUCAAAAAGUGGCUUUCUGUGUCUCCAGCAUUUUCUCUUUUAGCAGUGGCUGGC